AUGGCCCAAGCAAACUGCGUCUCGCUGCAAGGCUCGUCGACAUGUCCAGCUUUUAGCGCGGCAUCAAUCAGCACGAAUUUGACGGGAGACUUCUCCUUCCUGUCAUUUGUGUCAGACGUACAGACAUUCGACAAUCAAUUGCGAUCUUAUAUCUCGACCACUUACACACAACGACAAUAUCAAAAUAUUCUAGGUUGCUCCAGCGUCGACCUCAGUAACACUACCGACCUGUAUGCUCGCUACACGACCACAGUGCUUUGUAACGCCAUCGUACAGAACUCAAGAGAGCCAUGUGGUCUAAGUGACGCCGCUUCGACACCACUUUGUGCAAGUGCCUGUGCCGAUUUUGCGACCAGUGAGCAAGAGGUAGUGUCGACACCAGAACUGUGUGGUACCCCUGGCAGCAACGCAAACUCUCAAAUACGGGCCGAUUUCACCCGCUGCUCAUUACCGGCCAACUCACUCAGUGGCAGCUGUAUCGAAGCAGUGCGUAACGAACCCAGCGAAUGCGGCUAUGGUUCGAAUUUGCAAGGGUUGUGCUCCUACUGCGCUGACAGCACUGUCAACUCGACCAGCUCGUGUUGUAUCAACUCGAAUGUCGAAGCACGUUGCGUGGGUGUUGAAUUACCAACAACGGUGUCGAUGCCGCCGCUGUUCCCUACCAGCAAUUCGACGGCUGCCCCAACUGCCUCGAAUGGAGCUGCGUCAGAUGGGUCUCAGUCCGGACUUUCUGGAGGUGCUAUUGCGGGUAUUGCUGUCGGUGUAGUCAUAGGAGUAGCACUGGUCCUUGCAGCCCUUAUAUACUUCUGCUGCCGCGCACGUAGGAGGAAGGAAAGCCAAACUGGCAGCAUUCUAAACACGCCGUCACCAUCACGACACUCUGCGAAAGGACCACCCAUGAGCUACGGAGGUGAUGGUCAGCUUCCACCAGCGGUCGUGCCCGGUGCCCGUGUACAACGUAUGUCUGCUCUGGAAGGCUCGUCAUCUUCAGAUCACCACAGCGACAGAGAUAUGGCUAUGACAGCGUUUGGCAGCUCCCAGAGUGCCUACGACUCGCCAGAUUCGAGACACCACCACUUCGCUGGUGCCACAGCUUUUCCCAAGCGUCAAGGGUCCCUAUCAAGUCGUUCGGCCCUCGAGUCGAGCACCAACUCGCCUCAGUCCGGAUCGGAUGGACGCAACUUUUCGAGCCCUGAUGGCGUUGCCUCUGGGCAGUCCGAGCAAUUGCAAUUCUUCAAGGACUACUACUCACAAGACGACAUUCACCCCAAUGACACCGUUGCCACCCUGUGGGCCUACCAACCACGCGCCGGCGACGAGUUCGAGUUGGAGCGUGGAGACAUGCUCAAGGUCGUUGGCAUCUGGGACGAUGGUUGGGCGACCGGAGUCAGGCUAGCCGAAUCAGCAGAACAGUGGGAGGCAAGGAAGGCUGAACAACGCGACUCAGGCGUUAGCAACGGUAGCCGACGAUCGCAGACUGAGAUUGAUAGCGACAUUAAAGCCUUCCCGCUGGUCUGCGUAUGCUUGCCACAGCACUGGCGCAAGACAAUCGAAGGGGACAGCACGGAUAGUGGACAUGGGCCUGGAGGUGAUAAAGGAUCUCCCAGCUCCUAG